UCCUUCAGCUUUUGGUGGGUACAUGUUCGUAUGCUGCUCCUCAUUCCCCACAGUCCCCCUCCUCCUCUUUCUCCUCCUUUAUCCUUGCCUUCUCCCUCUUUUCUCUGAGCGAUUGUGGCCCCCACAUUCACACAGCGACUCGUUCAGAGGAGAGACACGGGCCACCAUGCACGCUUCACCAUGGAUAAUCUUCCUCCUCCUAUGCUUCCUCAUCUGCGCUGGUGCCAAACGCCAUAAUGGCCAAGAAAAGCGCAUCAAACCACAUCAGCCUCUGCCGACAUCUCAACCAGCUAAGAAGCCCAGAAGCCGCUCAGUCCUCAGCUCCGGAGAGUUUACUACCAAGGAAGGGCACAGCUGCACUUGGCAGACCUCCGGUGAGGGUUUGGUGAGCCUGAUGGUCAACUGCAGCAUUGAAGCUACAGGAAACGAGGCCAGGUAUUGGUGCCGCUAUGUUGGUAAACCCGACCUGUGCCAGGCCUAUGGAGUGAAGUCCAGCCAGUACUGGAAGCAACUGGUGGGAAAGCUGAAGAAAAGGAUGAACGCUUGUGAAGGGGAGAAGUUCUUGAAGGCCAAAACCUGUAAGAAGGCACCUGUUGAGGCUCACAUGAAGCUUGCCCUGCGCAACGGAGAGGAGGAAAAGAAACGGGGAAAAGAAGGAGGAAAGAAGAAAGCCACAGCUGGUGUGAAGAGCUCAGAUGGGGAGAAGGCAGAGAAGAGACAGAAGAAGGAGAAAGAUGAGGAAGAGGAGAAAAAGAAGAGAGAAGAGAGGACUGAAGCUGAGGAGGAAAAAAUGAUGAGCGACAUGCAGCCAGUGCAGACUUACUGCAGUGAGGGAUGGCAUUCUGUCUGCUCCUUUUUUGUCAAGUUCUUUGAGGGUUGAUAAGAAGUUUUGAAUCCUUGCAGAAAAAAGGCAAACUGAAAAUAAAGAAUUGAGAGAGAAAAAAUCAUGAAAAGCAUCUUGUAGAAAUUAUCAGACAAAAGCAUUGAAACUGUACUGAAAAUUAGAUGAAGAAACAACAUAUUUCACCUUUUUUGUCCUUAAUUUGACUUAAAAACUGUACAGUAUUCUUUAUGAAAUGUCUCUCAGAAUCAUUUCAAACUUUUAUAACCCUACUGUGGCGAGGUGAAAUUGUGAUUAUAUUUUGUGUUGUUUUAUAUACUGAUUACAUUUAGUUUUGAGAAGUGUUUUAGAAGGUUUCAUGAUGGAGUUUUCAAAGAAAUGUCCGGAUCCAUGUUAGGUGGACUACAAUCAUCACUGAUCUCUCCUGAUAUUAACAUGAAUUAAUAGUUUACAUUAUCUUUUAGACUAAAUAAAAUUGUAAGACUAGAAUAUACUCUUAACUUUUGUGUAAAAUCAAUCGCAGUGUUAGUGCGUUUUUGUGACACAUCGUUUCCUAAUAAAAUGAUUAAAACCCAACAAUUAAACCUGAAA